UUUGCAAUAUUUCUUUUGAAUCGGUAAAGGUCUUGGCUGUAGCAGACGAACAGAAUUUAGUCGAUCGUGACUUCAUAGACUACAGAUUGAUGAUGCUUUAGUUGUUUUUCCGUUCUUGGUCACCGUUGUCAGUUAUCCACGUCAUAACCGAAACAUUUAAGAGGGGAUAGUCAUAAAGGGAAAAUACUGAUUCACUUGGUAAUAGAAAAUUUGUGAACACUUUACAAUAGUUCACAUCGCAGAGACUAUAGUUAAAGCUCGUACAGUCGAAUUCUGCCGCUGCAGGAAUCACUCAGCAAAGAAGAAACUAGGAAUAUUGAGGACUGAAACUGUCAGCUUGACAGCAGUGAAAGAUGGCAGGUAGGGGACGAGGAGCUCUGUUUGGUAAUUCAAGAGGAACAAUCCAUGACGUCAGUGGAUCAUGCAUUAGGCCAAUAAAUGAGACUUUAAAACCUGGACACAGCUCAGAUGCUUGUUAUGGUGUUAGCACUGGUCAUGGACGUGGCAGAGCAUUUGAAAAGGAAAGAAUUUCUUCAAAACCAGAAAGAGGAAGUGAUUUAGAUCAAAAUGAGCAACCCAUUGAGAAUGCAACCAAGGACCUUGAAUAUGCACACAAAUGUCUUGGUGACAUAGAGCAUUGCUGGUUUUCCCAGCUAGCAAAAGAUGAAAAAGAGAAAACACUCAAGAGACUUCUCCAUGGUUGUUUCCAAAACACUGAAAAUCCCUGGGAGUGUGCUUUAUAUCUCAUGCAAGGAGUUCACGACUACAACUCAGUGAAGGGAAACACACUUGCUCACCUGUGUAUGAAGACGUUUGCAAGCUGGUGUCAGAAGAAUAGCAGGGAUGACAGCGUCAGAACUCAAUUCCUCACAAAAGAGCUGAAAGUGAAGGCGUUCAGAGCUUCCAGUGGCCGACACUUGUCUAUUCUUCCUUCUGUGGUGUCUGCAUACAAGUUGGACCAUAAAGGAAAUGAUUAUUUUGUAGAUCAAAUCAAAAUAAUCUUGCAAGAGAAAAAGUUCAGUGAUGCUGCCACAGCUGCUUCUGCUCUCAAGCUUCAAGAACUGUUCACAUUAGAGGAGAUUGUUAUCCCACUGUUACUGCAAGAUAAGCAGACAGUUCUGGAAGGAUUUUUACAAAAUAGUCCAGCACAACAACAUGCAUUUCUCUUGCUUUUGGACAAACUGUGCUCCAAAAAAGGACGACUUCUUGAUUUCAUACAAGCACACAGUGUACCAGGCCUCAGGACAGAAAAGAUCAGCAAAAAGACCCUGACCAAGUAUGCCAUUCGUCUGAUGAAAAAGUAUAGCAUACCCGCAGAUGUCUGUGUCAAUAUUUCUAGUGCAAAAACUAUGAGUGGUGUUCGCUAUUUUAUGUACGAAAGAUUCAUCAAGAAAACUAUGGAUGAGGGAGCAUGGAGAGAUCUUGCUGCUGAAAGUGUUGGCAACGAUGAAAGUCUUCAGCUGGAACUGAUUGAAACCCUAACACACUCCAACCAUAAUGAUGAAGCACUUUACUGGGCUAAUGUCUUCAAGUUCCCUGAUGAGAAAGUGCCAACUAUAAUUGCAAAACUUAGACAUCAGGAACAUUCAGUAACAGAUCCCGGCAGGAUGUCUGCUCCAGAAAAUCAAACUACUAUCUAUGUUGAUGAGUGCUGGGACUCAGAUAAAGAUGAAUCACUGUACCACAGUCUGGCUUUGUCAGAAAAUCAGAUCACUUUAGUUACAACACGUGAACAGCUGUCAAAUUUUUACAGUAGUAUCAAGCCAGGAGCUAUUAUGGCUUAUGACUCCGAGUGGAAACCAUCUCUCUUUGGUGAUAUCCAGAACAAAGUGGCCCUGAUGCAGGUGGCAUUUAUUGAUCACGUCUUCUUGAUUGAUGUCAUCAACCUGGCCUCUAUUCUGGAGGAAAAGGAAUGGAAGCAAUUGGCUGCAGCUAUCUUCUGCAAUGAAAGCAAUGUGACACUAGGUUAUGGCCUACACAGUGACCUGAAAAUGUUGUUGAAAUCAUUUCCGUGCAUGAGUGAAGAACUCUUUAAUCUGAAAAGAGUGGUGGAUCUAGAACAGUUGGCUAAACAGGUGUCUCCUAAUUUUCAUGUAGAGUUCCCAGGUAAUGCUGGGGACACAGCUUUUACAUCCAGAGAUGUGAAAGAAACAGAUAUGGUAGAUCAGCGUGGAUUAAGUGCCUUGGUCCAGCAGUACCUUGGGAAACAGCUCAGUAAAGGUGAACAAAUGUCCGACUGGGAGCGCCGCCCACUGCGUCCCACGCAGAAAACAUAUGCAGCCUUAGAUGCUUAUGUCUUGCUCGAGAUCUACAAGCAGCUGAAAACCAAAGUUCAGCAUUAUGGACUGAAUGUGAACAUUGAACCACAUAUGAAAUUCACAGAACAAACAAGUAAACCAAAAAGAUCUCAUGGAAGAGGCAAAGGCCAAGGAAAGAAAAAACCUCAAUCUCCACGGAAGGAAAUCUCCAUUCAAUAUUCUCAACCAAUUAGGGUGCAAGAAUUUUGUGUGUUGGUCGACAGGAGCUUGUUGGGACUCGGAUACCAUCUUAGGAUGUGUGGAGCCGAUGUUAAAAUUCCAGAAGAAGGACUUUCCUUUCGUAAAAUGUUGGAGAUUUCUUCAGCAGAGAAUCGCAUCAUCUUAUCAACUGGGUCUCCAUGUACAGAGAUUCAGAAAGCAGUUGGGGAACACAUGUGCUACUGUGUGGUGUCAAAUGGCAUACAGAAUCAAGUUCUUGAGGUUUUAAAGGCGUUCAAGAUUACAGUCACACCUGAUGACAUCUUUUCACGUUGUCAGAUAUGCAACAGUUCUGACUUUGUGAAACUACCUGCUUCUGAUGUUCAACUCCUUAUGGAUCAGAAAGCACGGUUAAGUUCAACUGAACCAAGUGGCCAUGUAGUAGAUGCUGACACUGUUGCUAGGUUGGCAGAACAUGGCAUACAGUUUGAGACUGUCAAACUAAUCACCUCUGGAUCCAGUGUUCAGGUUCACAGUUUGCCCCAGGGAUUACCACAAGAGGUGGACACUUUUUACAUUUGUGCUAUGUGCGGAAAGGUGUUCUGGCAUGGGUCACACUUUGAUCGUAUCCAUGAUCAGUUUGACGAUGUGUUAAGUGUAUGUGGGGUUUCAACAGAAAACGUGGAUGUGGGGAGAGCUGCGCCUUGUGCAGAUAAAACUGAGGAAGAGGGAAAGGAGGAUAACUCCUCUUUGAUGUCACAUAGUAGUGACCAGCCUUUAGUCACAAGUUCAGGUGGAGACAGUAGUGCAGCUGCCCUAGAGAUUGGAAAAACCUUUAAAGAACUAAAGGCUUGUGUUUAUAACUCUGAUGAUGAUGAGGACGAUAGCAAUAGCGAUUUUGAUGAUUUUGUAUUUUGAGUCUUUCAUUUUUCUACACACCUUUCGGAAUCUUAACAGCUAUAAGAGAACCCCAGACCAAUUAAUUUUUUAAUCUUCUAGAAGAAGUUAAGUUUUACUUUUUUUUCUGGGCAUUUUCCCAAAGCAAUUAAGAAGUUGUGCAAUUGUGAACUUGAACCUUAGGCGUGUAAAACUAAUAAAAAUAAAAAUUGACAUGGUGAGUUUUCACAGCUAGGGUGAGAGUUUCAGUCAGUUAAUAGAGUUAACUAAAGGAUACAGAUAUUGUAACCUGAUACAAAAGGAAAUUACUGCAUGGACUGGUUUUUAUAUUAAUAUUAUCUUUUAACUGAUGCUGUUCUUCUGAAAAUAUUUUAAAUAAAACUGUUUUAUCAUGUUUCUAAUA